UGCUUUUUGGGUUCACCUGUAUUAUAUUUAUAUCUUGUCUGAAGAGUUGCUAUCACAAGUACAAAGGCUGGCUGGUGGCCGGCGCGGCUGAACCACUGCACUAUAAUGGCACCACCUAAGAGAAAAAAGAAAAUGGCUAAAGGAAAUAAGAAAGUUGAAUAUGUGUUGGAAAGCGAGGAGGCUAUGUUGACGAUUCAACGACUGUCUAGAAAGUAUUUGCAUAAGUCACCAGAUGCUUCUGCUAAUGACAGAGGAGUGAUUGAGUUGCCCGACUCCUCUCCACCCACACACUCUCCCAACACCUCCGACGCCACCAGCGAGGAAUCGAACAAAACAAAAAUGUUCAGUCUCUGUCACACUCAAAAAGCCAAGCCCAAAAGACUAUCAAAACCCACUCUCACUAAAAAUAAGGAUACCCCCAAAAAAGUAUUAAACCUCCGUAAGGAAUGCAAUCUAAGUCUGCAAGUUAUGAGCCCUCGUAUCAAAGUCCCAAGACACAGGCUAGGGCACUCUAAACCUAGUGAGACUCCCACUACUAGUAGCAGGAAAGAGAACUCUCUGUUUGGUUUCGAAGAUCUCCCAACACCUCACAGGCUGUCACCUGUAACCUCUGAAGUUGAUGAUUUCACCAUGUCUGAAUUGGUUAGUGGUAGCCCACACAAAUCUGGCCAGGAACAGUCAGUCAAGGAGGAGGCACGAGUGUACACUGUUCCUAACAAGAAGCGUCGGAAUAAACAGUCAAAGAAAGCUGGAUUCAGUGAGUGUGAAGUGAAGAAGUGGGUGACUGAAAUGAAUCGCCAAUUUGACGAGGUGGACAAGUUUGAACUGCUCGUGGAGUAGCUGCUAUCAUGUCUCUGUUGUGAUCAGUUUUAUCCCUAUUAUAUACAUGUACAUGUUCUGCUGCAUCUGUUGUGAUUUUCUAUGUACUCUCAUUGUCAAUCUGCCAUAUCAUAUCAUG